AUCGACCAUGGGAGAAGACUGACGUGCAGGCAAAGGAUAUGGAUGAAUGGGAUCGACAAAGGGGACAAUAAUGGCGAAAGGGAACACCAUCUCACUUUUCCAGAUUCCAUUUCUAUUUCCAAUUCCACAUAGUCAUCCCCUCUCUAUAUAUUCGCCAAAUUAGCGAAUUUAGGACUUAAGUGGCGAUUAGGAGAGAUCGAAGAGGAAUUAAGUAUGGGUGAAGAUCUCAAGCAAAGAGUACAGCAGCAUGAUGAUGAUGAAGAUGACGAAGAGCUCUUUGAUUCUGACUCUCUUUUAAGCAACUCCGACGACGACGGAGAUCAUACGGAGAUGAAUCGAAAUGAGCCAUUGUAUGGGUUAUCAAGUACUCUCGUGGAGCAACUGCCCAUCAAGAGAGGACUUUCGAAAUACUAUCAGGGGAAAUCACAAUCCUACACGUCCCUCUCUGUGGUCAGGACCUUGGAGGACCUGCCGAAGAAGGAGAGCCCUUUUAAGAGAAAGAUGAUGAUGAAGACGUGCAAGAGCUAUGGAGCCAGCCAGGCUUGUGGCUGCAGGGUGAUGUCGAGGAAGGCUCCCAGGGCUGCUUCUUGUGCUGCUCUGGCGGCGCAAGGCGGCGGCGGCGAGAAGCCGCCUCUUGUUCAUCCUCUGCGGAAAAAUUCAUGCAAUUCGCAUUGAUUAAAUAUAUAUAUGUAGUUUCUAAUCGAGUUCAGAAAAAUUUUGGUAGAGAAACACUUGGUAUUAAUUAGAGAGAGGUUGAUCAGGUCUUUUCCGAGUUCUCUUACAGCAAAUCGUCUUCUUCGCCAUUAGAAUGCACACUGUCUGGAGGAAGCUGCAGCUCGUAUAUAUCGAUGGCAAUUUACCAAAAUAAGUGUUUUUUUUUUGUAAAUAUGAAAAAUGAGGAACUAUCUUGUAUCAAUGGCAAUUUACCAAAAAUUUUAGAUAUAUCAAAAGUCUAAAGAGUACAAUAAUCAAAUACUAGAAAUUAUUCAUAUCUGACAAAGUGACAGAUGAGAAUAUAUUUGUAAUGCCCUGUACAUAUGAAUUUGUGUACAUCUAUAAAUUUUCUUACCAUC